AAUUGGAGAGGGCUAGAAGGCUGCAUUUAGCUCCUGGGCCUGAGGUUCCCCACCUCCGAUAUAAUAGAAUGUGACCUGAAAAUUAAGGGAGAACAGUGUUUUGUUUGGCUGUUUUCAUUUGUUCUCCACCCACCACAACUGGAAAUUAUAGCUGAGUGCACAGACUUGACAUGCAGAAGGUGCCAGGUUUAAUCCGUAGCAUCACAAGCACCCUGGAGAGCACCCGCCUCCGCCCCGCCCCUCUCUCGCGUCCGCCGGAGCCACCCGACACUGGGUGGGGAGGGGAGAGGAAGGAUUGGCGGAGCCUCGCGAGAGCUGGGGCCGCUGCAGCAGCAGGAGGCGCCGGUGGGCGCUGCGGGUCAGGAUCCGGGGAAGCGAUUUGCGGGACUCGCGCGGACCGGAGCUGCGGAGCGCUUUAUUGGUGUUGUGACGAAUUCUUCUGUCUAGUUGUGGAUUGAAGACUAGGUGGCACCAUGGGAGAAAAAAUGAACAAUUUUCCUCCUCUCCCUCGUUUCAUCCCGCUGAAGCCAUGUUUUUACCAGGAUUUUGAUGAGGAAAUCCCUCCCUUGCACCGAACCACCGUCAAACGUCUUUACUACCUCUGGAUGUUGAAUAGCAUCACCUUGGCAGUGAAUCUCAUUGGCUGCCUUGCAUGGAUGAUCGGAGGCGGUGGAGCAGUUAACUUUGGACUGGCAAUUCUCUGGCUCAUUCUCUUUACGCCUUGCUCCUAUGUCUGCUGGUUUAGACCCAUUUACAAAGCCUUCAAGACAGACAGCUCCUUCAGCUUCAUGGCUUUCUUCUUCACCUUCAUGGCCCAGCUGGUGAUCAGCAUUAUCCAGGCAGUUGGGAUCCCUGGCUGGGGAGUCUGUGGCUGGAUUGCAGCAAUAUCUUUCCUUGGGACAAACGUGGGCUCGGCUGUCGUGAUGCUCAUCCCCACCAUCAUGUUCACAGCCAUGUCUGUCUUCUCCUUUGUUGCCCUCAGCAUGGUUCAUAAAUUUUACCGGGGCAGCGGCGGGAGUUUCAGCAAAGCGCAAGAAGAGUGGACGACGGGAGCCUGGAAGAACCCCCACGUCCAGCAGGCGGCUCAAAAUGUGGCGGUCGGGGCUGCUCAGGGUGCCAUGAUGCAACACGAAACGCAGUAUUCGGCCACCCCUAAUUAUAACUACCCCAACGACAUGUGAGGUGUGAAGACCCCCCCCCCCGACUAGAACUUCCCAAGUGAGAUGUGAUCCCAACGGGGUUGUGGCUUGAAGUGGGCAGGAAGAACUGGAGGAGUGUGUGUGUGUGUGUCUGUGUGUUUUUCUGUGUGUGUGGUGUGUGCGUGUGCAAAUUCCACUGUAUAGAAGGGUUGGGGCAGGGCUGACUGUAUAAUAUCCUCCUUGAUGGGCGGAAGCAUGUCAAGAUCCUUAUUCUCCCUUGCCCCCUCGACUGUGUUCUAGCAUAAUUGUCCUUGGAAAUAAUUUGUUCUUUCUCUGGUUGCAUCUACACCAUGUAUUGGAACACAUGGCUUCCCCCCCCCCCAGGAUCCUGGGAAUGGUAGUUUUUUAAGGGUGCUGGGAACUGUAGCUUGAUGACGGCUAAACUACAGGUCCCAGUAAUCUUUGGAGGAAGUCCUGUGCUUUUAAUUCAACCUCUCUCUUUCCCUCCCCACAUCUGAAGAAGCUGUUGCGUUGACCUACAGGACUGUUGUGUUGUGCUGUAGUGACUGUACACGUGUGUGCUAAUUUUUCUUUUUCCCUUUUGUGAAACAAGUGUACAGUGAGUGGUUUUAAAAUUUCAGUGUGGUGGUAGGUGAUAUUCUAGCUACAUUGGGCAGGGAGAGCCCAAACAUUCAAGAGCUUAAAGAGACGCUCCGGGAAGUUUCACGGAUAGCUGCCACUCCACGAUAGCUGCCUCUUGCAAGAAUUUUAUCUUGUUCAUUCUGUCCCAGCACUUUGGCAUUUCUACCGUAUGACACAGAGGUGGGGAACCAGUGGUCCUCAGGACAGUGCUGGACUCCUCUUCCCUAUUGGAGCUUGCUAUAUAUUGCAGCAGAGUACAGGAAUAAAUAAUUUGAUAAGGCUGUUGGUUGAAAGCAUAAACUUAAGGUUUAUUCCUACUGGGAAAUAAAAGUCAUUCUGAGUACAGGCAUACAGGGGGCCAUUGUAGAGCCAUGAGGCUCACACUCUCAGACACUAUCUCUGACUAACAAGAUAAGGAAGAGGAAGGGAGGAAGUAAAGCCUGAGAAAAAACAUCAAGUAGUUACUAAACAAAGAAUUGGAGAGGGGAAAAAUAGGUUAUCUUUCUGUCUGUUGCCCUCUGUGCUGGUACAGAUUACUUGUUGCAAGCAUUGGUGCUUUACUGUCAACACUCGUAUCUGCCUCAGACAGCAUGGCCAAUGGUCAGAGAUGAUGGGAAUUGUAGUUGAAUAACAUCCGAGGGCUGCGUGUUCCUGGUAUAAGGCACUGUUGGCUUAUUAGUACUGAAAUCCUACUCACUCACUCACUCACAGACACACAUGCGCGCACACACUCUCACACUCACACACACACACUCACAUACAUAUAUCCCACUCCCCUUUCAUUCCAUGCUGAUCUUCUCAUGCUGGCGACUACAGCUUCCCUUAAUGUGCGGUGUUACAAAUAAACGUCCAUUUGCUCUUCUGAUGUAACAGUAGGAAGGCAGUGUAAGUGUGUGGCUUACAAAACAAAGACGUGACCCUGAAUUGUAGCAGACCUGCAUGUUUAUUGUGAAGUUGAUCACAUUCCAAACCCUCCCCUCAAAAACCCUACCUAGAAUCAUAGAGCUGGAGAGGAAUUUGUAGGCCAGGGCUGGGGUAACAUUUUCAGUCCGAGGGCCACAUUCCGUUCUGGGCAACCUUCCAAGGGCCGCUUGCCAGUGGUGGGUGGAGCUGGAGGCAAAAGUGUGCAGAGCAAUGAAUGUAACUUUUACCUUUGUAUAGUAGGCUAGUUUCUCUCUCUGUCUCUCCCUCUCCCUCCCCUCCGUCCAGACAAGCAAGAGACAUGAUCAGAGUUUAAAGACACAUUCCAACCAGGCCAAAAGCACUUGCGAAGCGGGACAGUUAAGAGAUGUGGCCUGGGGAGAAUUCUGAAGGCCAAAAGGACCCCAUUUGUCCUCUGCCCCUGAGGCUUCCCACUCCUCAGGCCAUCUCUAGUCCAGCUCCUUGCUUGAUCCAGGAAAUCUAGAGCUGGAGCAUCCCUUACUGAUGGCUGUCUUCUCUGCUGUUGAAGCCCCAGGGGUCUCCCAUGCACCUCUUCCAACAUCCUCUCUCUGUCUGGCACCUUUGAAAAA